GAUCAUCUACAGAUACAUGCGAGUGGAGCGAGUGGUCCAGUUGGUCUCUCUGCAGUAUCAGUUGUGGAGAAGGAGGAGAAAGAAAAAGGUAUAGAGUAGUGUCCAGGAAGGAGAAAGAUGGAGGUGCUUGCUCCGGAGAUUCAACAGAGGUUCAACCUUGUCCUUUAUACUCCUGUCCUCCGUUCAGAGCCAGAGAUACAACAUUGUCUCCUGUAUUGGAUGGAAGACUAUAUCUCGGAGAUUUAAACGAUGGAUCGUCUGCUGCGUCUACAGUUUCUGGUCAACUUUAUCUUAAGUCCUGUGAUUCUACACUACUUCCAUACUUCAAUCCUCCAAUACUUCGAUCCUUCGAUCCUUCAAUCCUUCAGAAUCUACCCGAGGGGGAAAUUAUCAUCCCGGUUAACCAAGGAGAAUCCGGAAUACAAGGAGGAGGUCCUAGUCGAGAUUUUACGCUCAUCCUUCCUAAUAAUAGACAGGAAUCUGAUUGGCUGGCGGUGAAAACAGAAGAAACAGGAGAGACCCUGGCUUACCUCACAAUAACACAAGAUUCCGAAGAGAAUGAGAUUGUAAACGUGGAUCCAGUGACUAUACCUCCUUCAGUGCUGGAGGAUUUUCAAGUUAUGACUGCAGUACCAAAUAUAGAAAGUGUUGAGAGAGAAGAAAUGGAAGAAAAAGAAGAAGAUAUGGCGAAGGAUCGAGUGAUAACAAUAGAUAUACCCAAUCUAGCAGAGCAGCCAAGAUCAAUCGGAAAAGGAUUUGGAUUCCAAAACAAUUUCUUCCCCGAGGAAAGAGGAGAAAAGAAGGAGAAAACAAAAGAGGAAAAAAGAAAAGAAAACGAUAUCAAGAGGAUCAAAGCAGAACUUGACGAAAAUGUCGACUUUACCGUGGUUCGAGUUAUGUCGAGCAUGUCGAGCAACAUGGAUUCGACAAAGCCUCCGCCAAUGACGACAGAGGCUAGCUUAACCGAGGCGACAACUAGCAUCACCUCGACAGAUGGAAAAAUGCUCGAAGAUGAAACGACUGUGGUGAAUGGGUUUAUCAUGGAUAAAACGCGACAAGGAAACAUUGAAGAUAUUUCAACCCCGCAGACGGAUACACCCGAGCAGAUAACAACGAUGAAAUCUGUAACAGUUGAUGAUAUGUUUGAGAACACAUUUACUCACGUUCCACUUGUGGAAGUUCCUCUGGAUAAUUUGGAGCCAAUUCAUCUAGGAUUCAAUCAUUCGCUAGCAACCAGUUGGACAGAUUCAUCAAGCACACCAGCAGUGUCUACAGCAGCAACAGCUACAACUUUUACAGCCAUUGGAACAGUAUUAGCUGAAGAUGCUACCCAUUUACCUAUUCUAAUUAGUUCUGAAACAGCUAAUGAGGAUUCUUUAACAUCUGAAGAAAUUACACUAAAAGUAGAAACUGAGAAAUCUGAAGAACUUGCUGAUGAAGAAGAAUCAGAAGCACCUUCUGACCCUGAAGAUGAAUCAACUGAACCUGGAGAUGAUACAGAAUCAGAGCAACCUGAAGAACUGAAUGUAUCUGAGAAAUCUGAAGAACUCGAAGCGGAGAGAAACAGUGAAGUGGAGGUUGAAGAAGAGAAAGUCAAAGAAGAUCUCGAAAGUGAAAAUGGAGGAGUGGAAAAUGAGAAUGAACAAGAUAAAAAUGAGAAUGAACAAGAGAAAAAUGAGAAUGAACAAGAUAAAAAUGAGAAUGAACAAGAGGAAAAUGAGAAUGAACAAGAUGAAAAUGAGAAUGACAAGAGAUUGAAUCUGUUUAAACCAAGCAGAAAUAGAAUCUCAUUAUUCAAUAGGAACAAGAAUAAGCUUGAUGAGGAUGAACAAGACGAACAGGAAGAAGUAAACAUCAGAAAAUUUCCAUUCCGGCCCCGACUCAAUCUCACCAGAAAAAAUCCGAGUUCAACAAUAAAUGAUGUCCGAUCAACAACUCCUAGAAUCCCGAGAUUCACUGUCCCCACCAGACUCCCCUUUUCCUCAACCCUUUCUCCACCCCUGGAGGAUGAAGAUAAUACCCCUGAGACAGGUUUCACAACCCCCAGUUCUCCUCGUGAUCAUGUUUCCAGUCUAAGAGAACGGUUUAAAGACCGGAGCUCAGCUUUCAGAGAUAGAUUCUCAGAACGCAAAACUCAGUCCGACAGAAAUGAAAAUAGUGAAGCGGAGCAGGAGGAGAAAUCGGAGCAGGAGGAGAAAGCGGAGCAGGAGGAGAAAGUGGAGCAGGAGGAGAAAGCAGAUCACGAGGAAGUGAAGGAGGAGGAAGAACAAAGCACUGACGAUCCUUUAACGCUCCUUUCAUCCUCAACCCCCUCCUCAACCCUGUCCUCAACCCCAUCCUCUAGACCUUUUUCUUUUCCUUCCCGAUCCUCAUUAUUUUCCUCCUCUUUUUCCCUGGAGGAUAUUGAGGUGACAACCUCAGUACCUAGAGAUAUAUCUUCGGGUCCAUUGAUACCUGGAACAACCCGGUCAAGUGAGUUGACAUCUGUAGCAGCUGAUCCUAGCGAGAUAAGACUUGGAAUAAAUGAUCCUAGUGAGCUGGGGCCUGGAGCUGAAGAGUUGGGUUCUACUAUACCUCCUAGAGAGCCUCCACAACGAACAACUCCGACUCCUGAAGACUUAGGUGUUUCAAACUUUCAGCUUCUUCUUUCAGCUUUAACAACUGAACCUACUCCUAGGGAUACAACAAUAUCCAGAGUUUCCUUUGAAAAUAUCCCUAGAGAUACCUCAAUAUCCAGUAUAGAAACCAACCCCAGUGCUACUUCGAUAUCCAGUACUGAACAAAUUUCCAGUGACAUAACAACACCCACAGUAUCAAUUAACAGUGCUGACACUGAAUCUGAUACUACAGAUGUAUCUAUCCUUCCUUCUGAUGAAGAAGCUACAAUAUCUCCUGAUGAUAUCUCUCAAGAUAUUAACACUGAGAAUGAUAUAAAUCCAACAGCAAAAAGAAAAUCUCUUUUCAAUCUGAGAAAACGUCCUAAUUUUAGACCAAGAAGACCUGAACUGGGCCGGGGACAAACAGUGGAGAAUACUGCUACCACGCCAAUAAUACGUAAUCUCAAGGAUCUGUUUAAUAGACGAAGAUCAACAACAACUAAACCAGUUGAAGACGACACUACCGAGUUUGUUCCCUCCAGUGAGGAUGGGUCUACACCUGGACCUGUGAUCCUGCCCCAGGAUAAGGAACCACGAGGACUAAUUAACAGCUUCGCGCGUAACCGGGUGCGCGUCUCAACGUUGAGAUCUCCAGUGGAGAACCUAGUCGAGGAACCGAGGAGUGUAGGAGUAGAAGACAAAGAGGAAAACCCUGGAACAAAAAAUCGGAUUUUUAACACCGACAAACAAUUUCCAAAUAGGAUAAGACCAGCACGCCCUUUCCAACGAAGAUUAAAUUUUGAAACAACCACAGAAUCAGUUGAACCCGAAGAAAUAACUUCCCCAACCUUUUUUUCCACCUCUACUCCGCUACCAGGACCCUUCACAACACCAAUCACUACAGAAGGCCAUUCUGUUGGAAUAUCACACCAAGUGACCCGAAGACCGUUUAUACGAUCAACCAUAGAACCAUUCUUCACUACGCCUUCAGUUAUAGACACAACACCUAUGCGUAUGUCGGAUGAUGAACGCUUUAAGAUAAUGUCAGACUUUAUGAUGGAAAGCAUGGAUAAAACAAAACAGAAACCAUCCUCAGGUCCAGAUCCUGUUGAUGGCUCUGAUGAGAAGUUUAAUCUUAUUCAAACCGAUACAACUACCCUUUGGGAGAGCGAUAAGAUCGAGGUGACCACCAACUCACCUCCGGCUUCCACCGAUCCAACAGUGACCAUACGAUUUGAUGAUAUCGAGGACUAUGAUGAACAAAAUGCUAUUAUAGACAACGUUGACUCAAAUUACAAUCCCUGUGACCUCCGAGGAACAUGUGGUCCUAACGCCAAAUGUUCAGUAGUGGCAUCAAAUGCAGUUUGUUCUUGUCCUCCUGGGUUUUCAGGAAUUCCUCGGAACGGGUUACCAGACCCCCAGCAUGGUUGUGUUCGAACUCCACUCAGCUGCGCAGGGAAUGAAACAUGCCCCGCACAAUUUUCAUGUGAGCGGGAAGCAUGUUUAAAGGGAUGCACAGGGGACACGGAGUGUGCGCUAGGUGAAAGAUGCAUCGCGUCCAAGGAGAAUGUUUUUAAUAAAGUCUGUAUCAAGAUCUGUUUCUAUGAUGCACACUGCUUAGCUGGUGAAUACUGUGAGGAGAACGUCUGUCGUCCUGGCUGUAAAUCUGACAGCAACUGUCCCUUCGGACAGAUCUGUGGUGCUGGGGAGUGUUUGGCAGGAUGCAAUUUUAACAAUGAUUGUCCAUUAGAACAGGAGUGUAGGAGUGGAAUGUGUGUUGACCCAUGUGCUGGGUUUAAAGAGUGUGGAACUAACGCCGUGUGUAGUUCCAUCCAUCAUCUACCUGUGUGUACCUGUCCGCCUGGUUUCAAGGAGUUAAACUCUCCCUACGACGCAUGCGUGGAAGAAAGCAUAGAUCUGACCCAGCUGGAGUGUUUGACCGACAGUGAUUGUGCCUCCGGUGCUUGUUUUAGAGGCUCUUGUCGGAGUCCUUAGUUACUUCCAGUCUAGUAAACCGCAUUGACUGGUACCAGCUAGUGUUUAGUGGACCCAGCACAUUUUAUGCACAAUUUUUGCUGGAUUGAUGUGUGAGAUACUUUUUGGCCACGUUAAAAAAAAAACUUUACAAAAAGUGUUUAAAAAACUAUAAAUUUCCCAAGUACGGUGAUAAAGUCAGCUUGUAAAUUGUGCAGUGCACAGAUUAACCUAAUACAGAUGGGACCUAUAAAACUGGGGAAUAGGAAGACGACUAUACGUCACAUCUUAUGAUUUUGUACAGUGUACACUGAACUAUUUCACUUGAUUUUAAAGCAAUUAGUUGCUUAAAGAUUGCUUAAAUGUCGUCUUUGUAUUUGGCAGUUUAUGGGAUCCCCUGAAUCUUACUAUUAUUACUCGUUUGUUGGCAAUGUUGGCAAUAUUAACAUUAUACAUGUACACUUUAGUGCCAUUUUUUUCUGUAAUUAUUUCUUUAAAAUUAUUUAAUCUUUGUCGCACAUGUGAGCUUUGAUAUGACGUGGAAAACAUUAAAUAACACUGCGUUACAAAAACAUUUUGUCCGUUAAAUUGAAAGUAUUUUUAAAAACGAAUUUUUUUUAAAAUUUUAAUAAAUAU